UGCAAUCCACCCCGAGCAGGACGUUAGAAGGAUUACCAAUCAAUUACCGACCGAUCAAUUCACAAGAACAAGGAUGUCAGACGCCAAGCAAAUUAUGGCCCAGAAAAGUGCUAAAAUCGCAGCUGGAGCUGUUGUGUGUGUUGAGAGUGAAAUAAGAGGUGAUGUAACCAUUGGAGCCAGAACAGUCGUCCACCCCAAAGCUCGCAUCAUAGCAGAGGCAGGGCCCAUAAUUAUUGGGGAGGGUAAUCUGAUAGAGGAGCAGGCCCUUAUUAUUAACAGUUAUCCUGAGAAUAUAAUGCCUGACACAGAGGGAGUUGAGCCAAAGACAAUGACCAUCGGAACCAACAAUGUGUUUGAAGUUGGCUGUGUCUCUCAAGCGUUGAGAAUUGGAGACGAUAACGUUAUCGAGUCCAAGGCCGACCUGGGGAGGAACGUGAUCCUGACCAGCGGCUGCAUCGUGGGGGCGUGCUGCCAGGUCAACACGUGUGAGGCCGUGCCAGAGAACACAGUCGUGUACGGCUCAAACUGCAUCAGGCGUGUGCAGAGUGAAAAACCACUGCCUCAGACUCUGCAGCUCGACUUCCUCAUGAAGAUUCUCCCCAACUACCACCACCUGAAGAAGACUGUGAAAGGAAGCGGAACGCCCAUUAGAAACUAACGCAGAGGUGGAUUCAGAAUCAGUCGGAAGCGUCACACAGAUACCUGCAGACCACACAUCUCUCUCAACAUGCACUUUUCUUAUACUUGCCCGUGGGGGUGUGCGUCCCUGAUGUCUUUUGGGUUACUUAUUGUACAGAAUUGAUCAUCCCACACUUAAGCACUUUGACACAUGACCAAUUUUCUGACUGCUCAUGAAAGAUUGUGCUUUUACAACUGCUUUUUAUUUCAAUGUGUUGUAUUCAUCUAUAUUCAUAUUUAAAUUAAAUUAGUUAUACCAUAAACAUUGUAGUGAAUGCUGGUUUUAAUUGUUGUGUAUUUUAGGACCAAAAGGAGGCGCUAUUGAGCAACUGUUUGGACUCUAUGCUUUCCACUAUGAAGGCAUUGUUUCAUCAGGUGAUGCAUCAUGUCCAAAUAAAGAACGAAUCUUUAUGUCUAAAGAUAGAAAUGUGAUGUUUUUUCCUUUUUCCUUUGUGUAUAUAUAUAUAUAUAUAUACUCAAAAAAAUAUAUGU